ACGCCCUUAUUCCCACACAGCUGUUGCUCCCGAAAAGUUCUUAAUUAUAUUAUUCUCUUUUGUUUUGCUGCUCUUUUGUUUGCUUCAGUAAUUGUUAUGUUCCUUUUGCAUUCUCUGACCGUUUUGUGCCUUAUCCUUGCCACAUGCCAGUCGAAGUCCAUCAAAAAGGGGCAGGCCAAUCUCCUGGCGCCGACAUUCAAUCUGGACGACUGGCAGGGCGCUCCCGGAGAGCCACACAUUCCGAAAGUGCAACGUGUACUGGAGACGACCACAGACUCCACAAUCAAAGAUGAUUGGACGGGCAAAUGGUUCCCAUUUGGUCCUGGCGAGCCGCAUGUAAUGAAGAAUCAAAAGCCGAGCACAUCGACGCCACCCGAGGCUUCUACAGAAAGCUGGAAUGGCAAAUGGUUCCCCCAGGCACCCAAUGAGCCCCACAAGCAUCAGCACGCGGCAAUCAAACCCCUGAAAGAAACCAUCUGUGAUGACGGAAUGAGCAAUCUCUCCGUGGAUUAUGAUCCGAAUGAUGUGGGACAGAGCUUCGAAAUGCUGUGCAUCAGCAGCAAUCGCAGCAUCUACGAUCCGAACAUGUCCAGGGAGGCCCUGCUCACGGAGCACUUCCUGCCCAGUGCCUAUGUGCCGCCGUCCAAGUGCCUGAACGUGUCCAUCGAGUACACGCAUCUCCCACCCACUAAUGGUCCCUUUCGUCCGUUGCCAGCGGAGUACGGCACCUACUCGUACCUGCCGCCACAGCGAUACAUGAGGAAUCUUGCCGAGGGUGCCAUUGUUAUGCUGUACCAUCCCUGCGCCUUCCAGGGCCAGGUGGAUCAGUUGCAGCAGAUUGUCGGCGGCUGUCUCUAUCGGCACCUCGUCACGCCCUCGCAGUUGCUCUCGCCGGAACGACCGCUGGCACUGCUCGCCUGGAGCCACAUCCUAGAGAUGUCCGUGGUGGACAAGCAUCUUGUGAUGGAUUUCAUCAAGAAACACGCCAAGCAUGGACCCCUGGCAGUGGAGAACCUAUCGCGACUGGUGGACAAGCGGCAGUCCUACAAGGCGGGAAUGCAGACGGAGGCGCGUCUUGUUACGAGUGCGGAUGAUUACGAGCUGUGCGGCUAUUUGGAAGAACAAAUGUAGUGGAGGGGAUUUACUUUACAACGUGUUAACUAUUUUGUUGAAUAAAAUUCGAAUAUUU